AUGAAAUCUUUGUACCUCCGUCCAGUAAUGUUAUUAUUGCUAUCCCUACUUGUAUUACUCUUCACAAAUUGUGGUGUAGAUGCAUGGAACUUCGGUGAAGUUAUUCCGGUCACUAUUGAUCUGCGACUGCAGCGUGAGGCACCAAACCUCAUGGUAGCACGUGACGACGUGGACGAUGCGGAAGAUAUGGCGGAUAACAUAAAUAACCAAAACGAUAACGAGGGAAUUCCCCCAGCAGGAAUGGCAAGAGGAAAGGUUUACACUCGUCCCUUACCGCCUGAGUUUUGCCCACGGUUUGGAAUCAAUCGCCGCGUACAUCAUCCUGCACAUUCAAUGUUUGAAUACGCACAUAACACAUCGCGUAGCCCAAAACAAUCACUUCAAGAUAUCGCGGUGCGAUUUCAACUAGAGAGAGGUCUUGGUAAGGCCACAGCAUGGAUUCCAUUGUUACAACAGACACUACGACCAUCACCAUUUGCACGGCAACAACCAAUACCAACAGAUGCAGUACCUACAUUGGCCGUAGUACACUUUUACUUUGGAUAUCAGGGUGGGACCUUCAACAAACUCACCACAUUUCGCGUAGAUAUAGAAUACUCAAAAACACCACACGAUGACGUGGAACUUCACUACCACUGGGAUGAACACCGUGCGUACAAUCCACACAGAGCACUUAGUGCCUGUGCCUUUGUUUCCGUCAUAGCCACAGUCGUGAUCCUACACUUCGUUAUCUUGCGCAAUGGAAAAUUCGCCCAAAGGAUAAGAAAAGGGCAAAUAAUAGUACGCAACCACAAGGAAUGA